CGGAGCUCAUACUGGGACCAGCAUAUCGCAUAUCGUUUGUGGGUUUACGCAGGUUUGACGGACGUGAGGCGUUUUUAUGUGUUUUGAUGGGAUUUAUAUCCAAGAAAGUAUUUUGACAUGAUGACCGGACGAUGGAAUCAAUGUCAGCUCAGGUGAACACGUUAUCUCGGUCAGAUAACUAUCCUGUUAUCGCCAUAGAGACAGUGCUAUAAGGAUCCCAAAAGCAAGACUGAGAUUUUGGAGAACAAAGGGGAGCAUCAAAUUGUUUUCGUUUUAGAGUAGUAUUCUCACGCUUUGUUGCAUCUGACGUGGAAGAUUUGAAAAUCACUGAUGGCGUCAAAAUCUAGGGUCUCCAUUCUGGAUUACUUCAAUAUAGUCUGUGAGGGGGAUAAUGGCAAGAUUGAGUCAAACUGCAAAGCUUGUGGCACACGGAUUCAGGCUAAAAGGACAGUUACUUCUAACUUUGUUACACAUUUAAAGCGCAAACACCAGGCCAUGUAUGAUGAAUUUGUGAGGAAGAAAGAUGUGAAAAGGGAGGCGAUGCAGAUGUGUGCUGGCCCUGCAGGUGGCCGAGUGAUCUCUCAAAAUGUUGCUGGGAUGAGCAAGUUUGACUACAGCGACCCUAGGCAAUCCCUCAUCUCGGAAGCCAUUGCCAAAAUGAUAAUCCGAGACCUGCAGCCAGCGCAGAUUGUGGAAUAUGAAGGCUUCCGGGAGUUACUUCAACUCCUGGAACCCCGAUAUAUUCCAGUACCAUGCCAUUAUAUACAACAGCAGCUUCUGCCAGCCUAUGUUUCUCAAGUGCAGCUAGCUGCCAAACAGGCUCUAAAAGGGGCAGAAUCCUGCAGUGUGACCCUUGACCUGUGGACAAGCAGCACUGUAGGUGCUGGGUAUCUUGGAGUGACUUGCCAUUUCAUAAAUGCAGACUGGCAUAUUAGAUCAGCUCUUUUGGCAUGUUUGCCUCUUGCAGACCACAGUAACUCCCAGCAAAUGCUCACAGAGUUUAAUGAGAUCUCAGAAUCCCAUGACAUCUCUGGAAAAGUGUUCAGAGUUGUUGCUGACCCGUUGCCUUCUGAAGACAGAUCUGCCUUUCAUCUGCCUGGGUUCCAUCUCAUUGGGAACGGUGAGGAUGAGGAAGAAGAUAGUAGCGAUGAAGAGACUGGCGCAGGAGGAGAUAAGGAAGGUAUUGGUGGCAACGAGAACUACAAGUCUUUAGGUCAGUGUCUUGGUCGAAGUAGGAUAGACUGCUUUGCUCGAUUACUGGCUCAAUGUGUUAGGGAAGGAGUUUGUGCUUCCCCUCAGAUAUCAGUUCCUCUAAGCAAAGCAGCCUGUCUAUACAACUAUAUAAUUGCUACAGUGGCUCCUGAAAAACUUGUCCAAGUGUUUGGCUCUAGUAGUGCCCCUACAAGCGGUCAGGGAUCUUCAGACAAGAACUGGAAUGCUCAGUUAAAAAUAAUGCGUCAGAUGAUGGAAUCGAUGGAUUUCCUCGAAGACAUUGUGGACAGAAAUGACAUAGUCCUCGGUAACUUAGAAAAAGCUGUGCUGCGGGAGCUAGUUGAGAUUUUGGAGCCUUUCGAAGAGGCUUCAGACAUGGUCCAGGGAGACAAGCAUGUCUCCAUCAGCUUAGCCCUGCCUUGUGUAUUAGGUCUGCGCAAGCAUCUGGCAGAGGUCAUAACUCACCAGUGCUCAGGGAUUGUGAUGGGAUUGUCUCAAGCUCUGGACCGCAGGCUUGCCGGCAUUCUUAAGGACCCUCUCUGUGUAACAGCGACUACGCUGGAUCCACAGUUCAAGCUCUCCUGGAGCAGUGACACUGACUGGCACAAACAGGUACUGCUGGAAGAGGUUGGAAAGCAUACUCAGACUUUGAGUGCACUAGAACAUCAUUCAGAGGCCCAGCCAUCUCCAUCCAAACGCUGCAAGCUUUUCUCAUUCAUUAAGCAGAGGCCAACCACUCAAGCCAAGACUGUGGAGCAGGAGCUGUCUGCAUAUCUUCACGAAGAGCCAACAGAUGAGGAUCCAUUACAAUACUGGAAACGCAAGUCCAUAGAUUUCCCCUUGCUCUCACAAGUGGCUAAGAAAGUUUUUACUGUGCCAGCAACAACCACAGCAGUGGAUAAGAUUUUCAACCUGAUUAGCAAGACACUCAGUCCAGAGCAAUGUCGACUUCUGCCAAAAAACUUGGACACUCUGAUUUAUUUAAAAGCUAACUAUAGGAUACUUUGGUCCUAGCUGCAAAGAAAGAUUUAUAGCGAUUAUCUUCUUUCUUUUUUACUAAUAUCAAACUAAACACCUCAAAUCCAAAUGGGGAUUGUGCCUGAUAUAUAUCUGUCAGAACAAAUAGAAUGAAAAAGUAACAAAAUACAUAUUGUCAACAAAUUACUAGAUAAUAGUUUGAUUCUAGAAUGGACUAGGCUGCAUUAUCUAACUAUUAUGGGUAACACUUUUUUUUAUAAUAACUUUUAUUAAUAAGUUAAAAAACAUGUAAUGUUACAGAUCACUAGUUCAUGUAAAUUAAAAUAUAUAUGAAAAUAUGAUAUAUUAAUAAACAUUAUAAAGUGUUACCCUAUUAAAGCUGAGGUAUGUAAUUUCUGUGCCACCAAACGGAAUUGCAAAAAUAAACAUUGUUUUCAUAACAGCUUCGUCUUCUGUUAAUCAAACAAACAGAUAGUCCCGCCCCAGCUCACGCCAUUUGUCAAGUCAAUGGAUACGUUUACAUGCACCCUCAUAAUGUGAUUAUAAUGCGAUUAAGGCAAUACUGCCAUUAAACUGUUGCUCAUGUAAUCAGAAUAUUGUGAUUAUGAUAUUGCAAUUAUGCUAAUAAUCAGAGUAAUGAUAAUCACAGUAAGAUAUGUGGAAUACUCUUAUUUUAAUCACUUUAUACUGGCAUGUAAACACUAUAAUUGCAUUUUAUCCACUAUGACCAAAGUGCGCCUGCAUCAGUACUGCAGAUGGAUGAUGUUAUGCUCAAGCACAGGUUCAAAAACAUCACAAAACAGAAGAAGCUGCACAUCUCGGCUUCAAGCGACACAGCAGUUUCUGGCACAUUUUUACAGCAGUGGUGCUCCCCAACUGCAGCCCCACAGCAAAAGAAAACAUUUUCAUGAGUUGUGAAUGUCCGUUCGCAGUCUAAAUUGAAUGUUGGUGAGAUUAAAAAAAAUAUCGCCAAAAAUAAAAAAAGCCAAGUAUGAUUUUGUCCUUGCAGGCGGAACAGAACAUCAUCCAUCCUGCGUAUUCCAAUUCAAACAAGUGACUCUUAUAAACUGAUUCUUUUUAGUGUCUCAAAACAGACAGCACAUCCAGUGUAGUUGAAAAUUACUCUUAUUAACCGGUUGUUUUAAUAAUCAUUAAAAAAGACUGACUAUUUUUCCAAAUUUGCGUCAAGAUUUUUUGUAAUAUUAUAUAAAAAAAUAAAAAGUAUUAUAACAUCACAUUUCUCAGUGAAUAAUAUGAGGAGGAUUGGCAAGUAGCAUGAAAACUGUAUUGAAGAGGUUUGCCCAAAUCAUGUAAACAUCUUAAUCUUAUUAUUCCAUAUACUCUGAUUAUUGCAAUAAUCAGAGAAUUGGUGUACAUGUAAAUGUAACCAAUUAUAUUGUCGCUCUUAAUACAGGUCGCUCAAAACAAACAGGUAUUUUCAUAGUGCCACAGAGAUACAAUGCUAAUAGUUUUUAAGAAAAUUAACAUAUGGAUGGCUCAGCAUAUUAAGCUGGGAUAGCAGAACAUUUUUUAACAUCGGAAAAGUUACAUACUUCAGCUUUAACUGCCUUUGUUACAGAUUUCUUGUGUACUCGUAAGACACAAACAUUAUGUUCUGUCAAUUAAUUGUUUGCCCCAAUAUAAUGCUACUUAAACACAACAGAAUCAUAUGAGUGCAGUGUACAAUGCUGUAUAUCCCUUAUUAAUGGUUAAAUAUUUACAUAUGAACUCUCAUUCGCUAUCAGCAUGUUAUUUAACUCUGAAAAACAUGGAUUCUUGCAACCAAAUGCUUUCUCAAAACACAUGUUAGAAAAGAAUAGCAAUUUUCAAAUAAACAUUAUUAAACGUUUGGUUAAAGGUAGCUUUGUAAACAUUGAAGAGAUAAGUUGGUCAAAUAGCUACAAUAUGUCUAACAAGCUUUUUGUGUAGAUUCUUUGUGUACAAAACCUGCCUGCUAGAAAGCUGCAGGCAGGUCCUGUAAUUGAAAAUAAUUACAUUUCAGGCCUGUGGGGAAUUGGAGAAAGCUAAUGGUGGACUGCAGUCUCUCCCAGCUUACAGGGCUGAAUGGAGAGAAAUGAAGCCUGCUGGAUAUGUUGGUGUGAGACUUUUAGUUUUUGUAUGAAAAAGGUUGACAUUUCCAUUUCAGUAAAAGAAAAAAAAAAGUGUUCGUUACCAAACCUUAAAUUUUGUCCUGUGUCGUGGCUAUGAAAUGAUGGGUUAUGCAGUUUAUCCUAGAAGAGGUAGGCAAUUUCACUGUUUGUAUAUUACAGUAAUUCCACCAAUCAAUAUUAGUGUGUAUGCAUUAAUAGUUAUAGUGUGCACAUGUGCCAGGUUGUGCAUCUUAACAGCAGAAUUUAAAUGUGCCUGUAUUCUGAUCGUGUGGUGAAACAAUUGCAAAAAGGACAUUCAAUCAAUAAACUCAAUCUCAAGCAGAUUUAUGUGUAAGGUGGGGUGGGCAAUGCAACAAUGAAUAUUCUUGUGUGUGUGUGUGUGUGCACGAGGGGUGGCAAUCGUAAUUUAAAUUUCCUUUUCAGAAUACAGUAUUAUGCGACUUUGUAUUUGGAAUUUAAUUUUCUAUUUAUGCACGCUUGAUAUACAACAUCUGCCAAAUGUCAAAUGGAAAAGAAAAAUCCAUUUGACAUUUUAUUUUCAAGAUCCUAGCGGGAAUGGACCAGCCAUAUUGAAACAGCAAUAGCAAUGCCUCUGCUUGCUAUUUCAUUUCCUAAUUUCCACGCUCCCUCCCUGCCAAACCUCCAAUGCCUGCAGUUGCAAUCUCUAUGCCAACAACCGAUGCCUGUCAGUCAGAUGCCGUGGAUGUGAUGUUUAGGUAGGGGGUGCGUUUGUGUGAGAAAAAAAUGGUUAAUUACUUCC